AUGGCCAGCUUCACUGGGCUACAGUCAGGGAGGGUCUAUGAGGUCACAGUGACUGCUGUAGCUGGACAAUUCCGUAACCAGUCUGCUACGGGCCAGUUAGCCACUGUACCCAACCCACCUGGACCCCUCAACAUUACAGAGAGGACAACCAGCUCCCUCUCUGUCCAAUGGAAAACUCCUGGUCUAAUGACUGGUGCGCCGGGCAUCUCCUAUAACAUUAGCUACCAUUCCACUGGGACUGGAGCAAGCGGCCAGUCUACCUCUAGUCUCAGACAUAACCUGCUCUCUUUGUCCUCUGGAACGCUCUACACCAUCACAGUGAUAACCGUGGGACCACAGGAUCUGGGAAGCGCCCCUGUUAAUACAUCUGGAUAUACUUUGCCAAAACCAGUGGUGAGCCUCACAGCGAGCCCGUUGUCCACCUCCUCAGUGAAGCUACGGUGGACUGACCCUGUGGAUGUUAAGUCCUACUACUCCUACAGAGUCCAGUACAGCAACGCUACAGGCCCUGUUGGAGAGAAAACAGUCAAUACAAGCUUCGCGGACGUCCCUGGCCUAGAACCUGGGACUGGCUAUACCUUCACUGUUACAACAGUAGCAGCAGCGGGAAGCGACGGAAUUUCAGAACACACGUUCAGCUACACAAAGCCCAAGGCGGUCAGUAACCUCGUGGUCGAGGAUCUGAACACAACCGCUAUCAAGCUUUCCUGGUCCCAACAGGACGACCACAAACCCACCUACUCCUAUCUGGUGACCGUCUCCAAGAGGGGUUCUAUGGUUGCGAAUGUGUCAACCACGGUCGAGAGCUACACCUUCACCCAUCUCCAGCCUGGGGACAGUUACACCUUCUCUGUGGUGACGGUCGUCCAGGGGGUUAAGUCUGACUCAGUAGAGACGUCUAGCUACACAAAACCUGGGGUGGUGACGAACAUCGCCACAACAGGAACAACCACCACAAUGAAUGUGACCUGGGAUGCCCCUGUGGGACAGGUGGACUCCUACACCGUCACAAUCUACAACGACAACGUGAUGGAAAACAGCCACACCAUUUCCAAUGACUCUCUAGAAUUAGUGUUCCAAAACCUGAAACCAGGGAAAGUCUAUGUUGUCAGAGUGGUCACCAACAGUGGACCGCUCACUGAGGCAUCACUGAAUGUUACAAAUGCAACGUAUCCCAACCCUCCCGGAACCCAGAUGGUGGAGGACCAGACCACUGGUUCCAUCAACAUCAGCUGGGCCCGGCCCCUGGACAUGAACCUGGGUCAGUACCGGUUCUCUGUGUUCUACCUGGGCCAGCAUAACCUGACAGAACACAACUGGAUCCUCCUGGAGAACCUCCAGUCUGGAACACUCUACAACAUCACUGUGGUAACCGUAGGGCCGUUGGACUACCAGAGCACAGCGGUGACGACAGCCAACUAUACCAGGCCCCACUCUGUGAGCGGGUUGACAGAGGCAGGAAUCACCCCUACCGAUGUGACUCUAGUCUGGAAUCAGCCGGAGAACAAAGAUGGCUACUCCUUCAAGGUGGAGGUAACCUACCCCAACGGGUCCCUUUUCAUCUCAGUCACUGUCAACAACACCAAAAGAAUUGUCACCGGACUACAGUCGGGGAGCAACUACACCUUUACCGUGACAACGCUCACAGAGGACGGCACCAUGGCAACCCCUGUGAAAGUGUUCUAUUACACAAGACCAUAUCCCAUUAGUGGGUUGUUGGCGCCUACAGUAAACGCAACUGGUGUACGUCUGACCUGGACCAAGCCACCUCAGUACCAGAGUGGUUACACAUACCGUAUCCAGACCGAGGGGUGCGUGUCUACUCCCACAAACCACACAGUGACAGGAGAGGAAGCCGUCAUUCCAGAACUCACACCAGGAACCAAUUGCACCUUCCGUGUUUCCGUCAAGGCACAGGACGGUAUAGAGGGAGGCACCGUCUCAAUCUUUCAGUACACAGAGCCUGAGUCUGUCCAGCCAUCCAUCUCCAACAACGGUAGCACCAAUACCAUGGUGGUGAGCUGGGCGGCACCACCAGGGAAUGUGGGGCAGUAUGUGGUCCAUCUGAACAGCACUGACCAGGUCUUUACCCCCAUAUGGCUGAACUCCAACCAGCAGACACACACCUUCAGAUACCUGUCAGCUGGGAGAGAGUACACAGCCGUGGUGACCACUAUCAGUGGUCCCUUCAAUGAAACAUCAGGACCUGUAACUACAGCAACUCAACCCAACCCGCCUGGGCCCAUCGUGAUCUUGGAGAAGACUACUAGUUCCGUCACUGUGGAGUGGGGUGAAGCUCCUCUGAUGGCCAACACCACCUUCAGUUACCUGGUGAAGUACCUGUCGACGCAGCUAGACAACAAGACGGUCACUACUACAAACACAAGUCAAACACUGCCCAGCCUGUCCUCUGGAACACCCUACAAUAUGUCUGUGGUUACAGUGGGAGUGCUAGGCUUCCACAGUGAGGAGGUCUGGAGCAGUUUGGUCACAACCAGACCAGAGAGUGUCCAGUCACUGAGUGCAGUGACAGCCGAGGUGAACCUAACAUUGACCUGGUCAAAGCCUGUAGGUCACAAACCAGGCUACAGCUACAGAGUGACCUGGACCAACUCCACUGGGUUAAUCAUCAGUAAUAGAACCACAGCUAUGGAAAACCUGCCCGUCAAUGGAUUGGUCCCUGGGAGUCCGUAUAACUUCACCGUAACAACACAGACAGAUGACGGAACAGAGGGAGCUCCAGUCUCAACCUCCAGCUGCACCAAUGCCAGCCCUGUGUCCAACUUGAAGUGUGCCUCUCCUAAUGACCCCAACGCCAAGCUGAAUCUGUCCUGGACCAAACCCAAAGGACUGCACCAGGGCUUUCAGAUCACUGCUAAGGAAACCAUCCAACUGCCUCAGGGCCAGGUACACAAUAAGACAAUUGGUGACUGUAACCCAGCCUGUGGUCACACAGUCCCUGACCUGAAGCACUAUACAGACUACACCCUGACCGUGACCACUCUGGGCUGUGGGAAAACCAGCACCGUCCAAAGCCUCACCUGCAAGACUGGCAUUACUGUCCCUUCUAUCCCAGCUGACGUUGAGUCCCUAGUCAGUGUCACAGCGAAGGAUCACAACUCCUUCUCUGUACAGCUGACUCCCAGCCUCCUGGACAGCACCAAUGGACCAAUCAAACACUACGGCGUGUUGGUGACCUCAGACAUCAACAAUGUAGAUCAGUCUAACUCGUCGCAGUACUUAGUGAAGACUUAUCAGGACUGGGAAGCAGGCUCUACUACUGCAUACCUGGCUACGGUCAAAGACAACAUUAACAACAGCCGGAGGAGGAAACGUGCAGGAAACAUUGACAUUUACAUAGGGGAUAAAACCUCAUGGAAGGGCUAUACCAAUGGCCAACUGAAGGCCAAACGAGAGUACAGUUAUGCCAUUGUUUUAUUCACUGAAAUGGUGGUAGAGCAGAAUGGGCUUCUGAACGUCGGUUCGUCACUCGUCGUGAUAACUCUGUUUAACUCAAAUUCAUUGUACCUCCCUCAGGACCCAGUGGUCACCAGUGUGGCUGUCGGGGCAACGCUUGGAGUUUUUGCCAUCCUCGUCAUCAUUACUGCCGGCUUCAUCAUCUACUGGAGGAGACAAAACAAGAAGGACUCUUCAGACAUCCAGAUUCACUCUAUGAGAACCGUUGUUGUGAGGGUGGAGGACUAUGAGGCUUAUUACAAGAAGCAGAGAGCAGACUCCAACUGUGGUUUCGCUGAGGAGUUUGAGGACCUGAAGCUAGUGGGAACAGCCCAAGCAAAAACCAGCGCUUUGGCCAUGGAGAACAAGUCUAAGAACCGCUACAACAAUGUGCUUCCCUAUGAUUCCUCUAGAGUGAAACUGUCCAUCCAUGGAAGUCCAUUUGACGACUACAUCAAUUCUAACUACAUCCCGGGUUACAACUCCAGGAAGGAGUUUAUUGCGGCCCAGGGUCCUUUGCCCGGCACUGUCAACGAGUUCUGGAGGAUGAUCUGGGAGAAGAAUGUCCAGACUCUGGUCAUGCUGACACGCUGUAACGAACAGGGACGAGUCAAAUGUGAGGAAUACUAUCCAUCUGAGACCAAGCACUUUGAGAAUAUCACCGUGACAACCACCUCUGAGAUCCCCCUAGAAGACUGGACCAUCAGGGACUUUGACAUAAAAAAUGUGAAGACGGUUGAGACACGCUCAGUACGUCACUUCCACUUCACAGCUUGGCCAGACCACGGCGUCCCCGAGACCACCGAGCUGCUCAUCAACUUCAGACACCUGGUUCGAGAACACAUGGACCAGUACUCACGCCACUCCCCCACCGUCGUCCACUGCAGUGCGGGUGUGGGCCGUACAGGCACCUUCAUAGCCAUCGACCGGCUGAUCUUCCAGAUAGAGAGGGAGAGUAUGGUGGACGUGUACGGCACCAUCCACGACCUGCGCAUGCACCGGCCCCUCAUGGUGCAGACAGAGGAGCAGUAUGUGUUCCUAAACCAGUGUGCCAUGGACAUCAUCCGAUCCAGAACUGGAACCAACGUGGAUUUAAUCUACCAGAACACGGCUGCGCUCACCAUCUACGAGAACGUAGAACCCAGGAAGGAUCCAUCUAAGAAUGGCUACCACAACGCGUAGAGGCCUCUGGUCC